AUGAUGAGCGCCACGACCACCGUGACCAUUAACACUGACAGCGUCGGUGGCGACAUGAAAGCAGCGGCGCCGCCCAAGCGCAACUUUAUCCAGAAGAUAAACGACGUGAACCAGAUGGAGCUGCCCAAGCUCCUGCGCUACAUGCGCGUGGGCAACGUCGUGUGCUCCAUCCUGCAGAUCCUGGCGGGGGCCGUGGGCAUCUCGUCCUUCAUCACGCUCAACAUCACGGGCACACUCGUGUCCAUUUACGUCAUUAUGUUUGGCAUUCUCUUUCUGCUCUUUGAGUGCCGCCUCUCGCGCAUGGAGACGGCGAUUCGAGCCAACUUUGGCUUCUUGUACAGCUACAAGGGACGGGCUGCCUUUAUCUUCUUCAUUGGGUUCCUGGACUUUGGCAUUGGCUCGGCCUUUGCUUCGCUCGCCGGGCUCCUCAUGUGCUUUAACGCGUUGAUUAACCUCCUCGUGAUGUGUCGCCACCCGCAGUUCAAGUCUUCGCUGACUGCGGACGCCGACCCGACCGCUGGAUACACCACGGGCAGCCAAGAAGCUGCAACGUUUAUGAGCAAGAACCCAGAGAUUGCAGCCAAGGCGGGGCAGUACGCCUUCCAGCACGCCGCCAACACACGCCACUGA